AUGGAGCCAAAUGAACCUUUAACAAUGCAAAUGAUGGUAAGUUUUUCUUCAAAAUUUUUGAAUCAAAAUUCUCCAAAUUUUCAGUGUAACGCGAAAAUGAUGUUUCAAAUAAUGGAUAUAUAUUUGAGACGAAUUAGAAAGGACAUGCCAAAAUCAAAUCAAUGGUUAUUGAAUUUUAUGACUGCACAUCACGUUGAGCAAAUCACACAGGUAACAAAAGAGGGUUUCUGGAAAAAAUUUUAUACUUUUGAAAUUUUCCUUCUCCGAUUUCGCAAUAAUUUUUUUUGAAAAUUAUUUUUUCCUCUCUUUCUAUGUCGUAUCUGCAUGUGUGAAAUAUUAGACAACCAGACACAAUUUUUCUCAAUAAAAAUAAUUUCAGGGCUCCCAAAAAGUGACUACAAAGGAGGUCUACGAAAAAUUGUGCACCUGGUACAAACAUUUUUUGAGCCAACCAGAUGUUUUUGUUUGUGGAGAUUUUCCGACUCUUAGUGAAGACAACCUGUUUGAUAGCAGGGAAACUGCCAUUUUUAUGAAUGAAAUGACUCGGGGAGGUUAG